CAACAAGGUUAUUUGAACAGUCGCAACUCACGAGUGAUGUUUUGUGUAUUAUAAAUUAGGAUACUCUAACAAAAAUACAUUUCGUUCAGUGGUUUUACGAAAAUUAUUCUAUAAAAUUUAUUAUUUAGUCAAAAACUAUGGGGGAUGAACAAAAAACACCCUGUUAUGGAGAUCUUAAUGAAGAGCUUCAAAUGAUCCAGCAACAAAAUUUGGCUCCAAACGUCAACAAACUAUCGACAACAAUUGGCCAAGUGCCAUCAUUUAUUCAAUCAAAGGUAGGAAUUCAGCUACAGAUAGCUGAAUUGCAAAGACAGCAGCUGAUCCUAGACAAACUACAUGCAGACGAGGUGUUCAAGGCAAAGGAAAGUGCUUUGGAAGCUCAGAAAAAUUUAGCUUUAACAAUGUUAGAUGCAAAUCCAUCAUCUACUUUUCUUAUUGAGACCAAUAAUAAAGUGCUUAAUAAUGUAGCUGAAUUUAGUGCAAUUAAUGUGUUUGCGAAUGCGAGUGCACCACCUGCGAUUGAAGUGGAUCCCGUGGUGUCUCCAUCGGAGACUGCUGCGACUGCUGCGACUGAAGAUAUUAAAGCAACAGAUCUUGGUCUCUCGCAGCUGUCAUCGUUGGAAGGAGUUAAAAUACAACAUGUGUCUGCUCCAAAUGCGAGGGAGACAUAUGAGGUGUUCGGCCCUAACGGAAGCCGUAUAUACCGCGUUAAUAUAAGCUUUGGAUUUUUUGCUGAUAAAAAGAAAAGAACGGUGCUAGGAGAAAUAUUGAACAAUAAGCUUAAAGAGGUGGCAACUUUCCGUACUAACGAAAAUAAUGCUAUGGAAUUGGUGGUUGGCAACAAGAUAGUAUGCGUGGUUAAACGACAGCCGACUAUGUUCAAGCCAGUGUUGACUGUCAGUGAUGAGCUAGGCAAAAUACUUCUGAAAAUUAAAGGGCUUCGCUCUUGGAUAAACUUGGGUACAAAUUCUCCGUUCUUUUAUGUCGAGACUUCUAGCAAGGACUGUAUCGGCUGUAUCAUCAAGGAUCUGAGCAGAACCUGCAAAUCAAGCGACGCAAGCAUUGAGUCUCAGUACAGCGCUAUCGACUUCCCUUGUGAUCUCGACGUUAACAGCAAGUUGGCUGUCAUCGCCAGCAGCUUCCUAAUUGUGAGUGCCAAUCUUGCAGCGGAUCGUAAAAGCGUGGAUUGCGUUUAAUGUAAAUGAUCAAGAAAAUAAAAUUAUUUGUAAUGAUUUGUGCUACAAGAAUCUUUAUAAUAU